AGCUCAGUGCGCCUGCCCAGAUUUGUCAGGUCACGUUUGUUUUGGAGCGGUAGGUCCACACAAAAAACAUGCCGAAACCUAACACUCUCUUCAACUAUUUCUCCAAGUCUCCUGCUCCAGCCAAGAACAAGUCUUCCCCGACAGUCGGAGACACCCCGGAGUUUAAGGGGAAGGGAAACUCGCCCAAAGAAGGAGCGAAAUCCGCCAAGACAUCGCCGAAAUCUGCCAAACAAAAUGGCGGUGUGGCUAUACAAUACCAGCCAGGAGACCUACUGUGGUCCAAACUGUCCGGUUACCCCUGGUGGCCCAGUCUGGUUUGUAACCACCCCACGACCGGUUCACACAUCAAACCAGGCAAGACCCCCAUGGUGCACGUCCAGUUCUUUGAUGAGCCGCCCAGUCGGUCAUGGAUCAGCCACAAGAUGACCAAGCCUUUCACAGAGGCCACAGCUAAGGAUGCUGGUACGGGCGGCCCUCUCUUCACACCCAACCCGAAGGUACAGCGUGGCGCCAAGAACGCAGAGGGGGCGCUACAGUUGAGCCGUGAGGACCGCCUGGCACUGGUCGUGGAGCUGCUACCCUCUGAAGACGAAGAGGACAUGGACGUUGAUGAUAUCCACAAUGGUGUAGAUGAGGAGUCAGGGAGUGAGUGUGAGGAAGAGGUGGCUACAAAAAAGAGACCCUCCAAACUCCGGAGGAAGAAGGGAAGCAAGAGAAUCAGGCUGGCUGUAGACUCUGGGAGUGAAUCUGAGGAAGAAGAGUUUAAACCUGACAGUGAAGAUGAUGACUCUGAUGUCAGCUCAGGAGUGGAUGAGAAGGACAUCUCUGAACCUGAGACAGAGUCGGAGCCGGAAAGCCCCAUCAAGCCCACAAGGAAGAGGAAGAGGGAGCCUGCCAAGACGCCAUCUCGAGGGAAAGCCAAGCCAGACCUGAGUUCCUUCAGUACACCCUCCUCCCGUCUUGGUACCCCCAGUAGUACAGCCACUCCUGGUGGUACAGUUAGAACUCCUGGGGCUCACCAGAACACCAAGAACAAACUGGCCAUGUUCUCUGCACCUGAGUCUCCCUCUGCAGAGCAGGGUUCUGAAGAGAAGGCCAAGUUUGACCACGAAACAUACGAAUUUCUGCAGGAGGGAAACAUCAGGGAUGCUAAGAAGAGAUUACCGACUGAUGAAGACUAUGACCCCAGAACCCUGUAUGUUCCUGACAGCUUUCUCAUGAAGAACACUACACCGCUGAUGAGGAAGUGGUGGGAAGUCAAGUCCCAGCUAUACGACACUGUUCUCUUCUUCAAGGUUGGUAAGUUCUAUGAGCUGUACCAUAUGGAUGCCAUCACAGGGGUCAACGAACUGGGACUCAUUUUCAUGAAGGGUUCUCAGGCCCACUGUGGCUUCCCUGAGAUUGCGUACGGUCGGUACUCGGAUACCCUCGUCCAGAAGGGGUACCGCGUGGCCAGGAUCGAACAGACGGAGACAGUUCCACAAUCAGAGGAAAGAUACAGAAAAUUGGCUAAACCUACCAAGUUUGACAAAGUUGUGAGGAGAGAGGUCUGUAGGAUCACUACUAAAGGUACCAAGACAUACAGUUUUCUGGAAGGAGACACAGGAGAGGCUGCUAACAGCUACCUACUGGCCAUAGCUGAGAAGGCCAAUGAAGACAUAGCAGGAGACCAGAGUGUGUAUGGAGUCUGUUUUGUUGACACGUCCAUCGGGAAGUUUCAUAUAGGACAGUUCCAAGAUGAUCGACACAGCUCCAGACUACGAACACUGAUUGCACAGUACACACCUUCCCAGGUCCUGUUUGAAAGAGGGAAGCUGUCUUCUAAGACUCAGAGCAUCUUGAACAGUAACCUAAGCACAGCUCUGAGGGAGGCCCUGUCUAGUUCGGAGUUCUGGGAUGCACCAAAGACACUGAAGUUCCUUGCCGAGAAGAGCUACUUCAGUGAGACUGGUACUGAAGAUGAGGAGGAGACAGGAGAUAGCUGUUGGCCACAGGCACUUAAGAAGAUGACUUCUGAUGCUGACUCUCUGGGCCUAACUGCAUCAGAUGACUAUGAGCUGGGUGUGAGUUCUCUGGGAGCAGUUGUCUGGUACCUGAAGAGAUGUUACAUAGAUGAAGAGAUGUUGUCCAUGUGUAACUUUGAGGAGUACACACCUGUAGACAGCCAGGCUGGAGUGACUGAGAAAUCUGCACCUGACUUCACCACAGGCAAACAGCAUAUGGUAUUGGAUGGUGUGACCUUGAACAACCUUGAGAUCAUAGAGAACAGUGUGACAGGGUCACGGGAGGGCACCCUGCUGGACAGGCUGGACAUGUGCUGUACUCCGUUUGGCAAGAGACUGUUUAAGCAGUGGCUGUGUGCUCCCCUGUGCAAUCCUGCCUCCAUCAAUGAUAGACUGGAUGCAGUAGAGGACCUGAUGGCCUGCAGGGAUGUGGUUGCCGAGGUAACGGAGAUCCUCAGGAAAGUUCCUGAUCUGGAGAGGCUGCUACAGAAGAUCCACACAUUAGGUUUGGCUCGGCGGAACAAGGACCACCCUGACGGCCGGGCGGUGUUCUUCGAGGACGUGAACUACAGUAAGAAGAAGAUUUCUGACUUCCUGUCUGCGCUGGACGGCUUCAGGAGCGCCAUGAGGAUCGUCAGGAUGUUCAAGGACAAAGUGGAUGACUUCAAGUCCAAGCUGUUGAAGCAGUCCAUCUCCUUAGAGAGCGACAAAGAAGGGGGAGGGCGAUUCCCAAACCUGUCGUUUCAGCUGAUGUACUUCGACCGCGCGUUCGACCACAACGCUGCAAGAAAGAACGGUGUGAUCAUCCCGAAGGAAGGAGUGAACCGUGACUACGACGAAGCGCUGAGUGACAUCAAGUCAGUCCACCGGGAAAUGGACAGAUACAAGGACAGACAGAAGCAGAGGAUGGGCUGCUCGACCAUAUCGUUCUGGAGUUCCGGUAAGACGCGGUACUGUCUGGAGAUCCCUGAGUCGGCGCUAAAGCGACACGUUCCAGACGAAUACGAGCUCUCGAGUUCUAAAAAGGGGUUCAAGCGCUACACGACUCAGGAGAUUAAGGACAUGGUGAAGACACUGGAGGAAGCUGAGGGAAGGAGGGAGGCAGCACUCAAGGACACCAUGAGGACCAUCUUCCACAGUUUUGAUGAGAGUUACAAAGAGUGGGAUGCAGCAGUGCAGUGUGUGUCAGUGUUGGAUGUCCUGAUGAGUCUGAUGCAGUACAGCCUGUGUGGGGACGGGGACAUGUGCCGUCCAGAACUGGUCACUCCUGAGAAAAACAUGCAGCCGUUUAUUGAGAUCCGUGAAGGCCGCCACCCCUGUAUCUGUAGGACAUACUCAGGAGGAGACUUCAUACCCAAUGAUACUGUGGUUGGCACCUCCGCGGAUGAAGAUAUGGAGGAGUCUGGGGGUACUGACGCUAGCAGCGUUGUCCUGGUAACGGGGCCCAACAUGGGGGGCAAGUCGACACUCAUGCGCCAAGUGGGCAUUAUCACCGUCAUAGCCCAGCUGGGAUGUUAUGUGCCUGCACAGUCUUGCCGCCUGACUCCCAUAGAUCGAGUCUUCACCAGACUGGGGGCAAGUGACCGCAUCAUGUCAGGUGAGAGUACGUUCUUCGUGGAACUGAGUGAGACAUCCAGUAUCCUCCAACAUGCUACUUGCCACUCACUGGUGCUACUGGAUGAACUCGGACGAGGAACUGCAACCUAUGAUGGUACGGCCAUCGCAUGUUCUGUCGUUAAGGAGCUGUCGGAGAACCUGCGCUGUCGUACGCUGUUCUCCACACACUACCACUCACUGGUGGAGGAGUUCUCUCAUGACCCUAAUGUCCGACUGGGUCACAUGGCAUGUAUGGUAGAGAAUGAGAAUGAUGAAGACCCCAGCCAGGAGACCAUCACCUUCCUCUACAAGUUUGUGAAGGGGGCGUGUCCCAAGAGCUAUGGCUUCAAUGCUGCCAGACUGGCUGACCUGCCUGAGGAGGUGAUUCGUGUUGCCCAAGACAAGGCCAAGGAGUUUGAAGAGAACACAGAGAGGCUGAAACUCUUCAGGGCCUUCAACAAACUGUGUGUGACCAAGCCUUCAGCUGUCAACGAGUUUGUAUCACUUCAGAACCUCAUCAAGGUGGCUUAGACCUUUCAAACGAGUCAUAUCUUCAAGUUGUCUUAGGCCAUGCACUGCCUGGAGGCCUGGUUUCAAGGAGUCUUAACCCACUGCCAUACUUAACUAGUGCCAUAUCUUAAGAUGAACAAACUUCAUUGAAACAUGUUGUGGAAAAGAAACUGUGACUUAUCAAUUUUGUUGUGGAUGCCCAGUGUACAUGAUGAUGAUUGUAUUAACAUGCAACAUCUAGUUCACACCAUACCUUGUUUCCAUGUAUUUCUAACUGUUGACUGUACACUCCAGUAAGGAUAUAGGUUACUUUUUAGUGUAAGAGCAGCCAUGUAUGUAGAAAAAGAUAUUGUUUUUGAUUCCGCUGAAGCUCUCAAAAACUGUUUGAUCUCUAAUGAUACCAUCAUACACAAAACAUUAGUUCUGCAUACCAGUAAAUGUAUUGUGAGAUGAAUGUACUAAAAUUGUCUGAUGACAAAAGAUAUGUAAUUUCUAACAGACAUUUUGUUUCCCCUCAAAUCAAUUUUAUGAUCAUACUGAAAUGUUGUGUUAGGCUUUAUGUGGAAUAUUUGAUCAUUCACACAGACUACAAAAGACAGAUACUUUCUGAUUAUUAAGUUAGAUGAAGUUAUAAGAUUAUCACUUCACAGUAGAAUGUAUAUGUAGUUAGAAAUUCUCUAUUCAGUGGCAAUUGAGAAGAAAUAUAUUCUGGUUCUGCCAA